GUUCUGAUAAGGCCGCCAGUUCAUGACUGAUCUCGAGGGGGGAAACAUCGGACGAAAUCGACCUCCGGCCAUCGGCCACCGUGUGAGUGAUGUGGUAAACGUAAACCGGAAAAAAAAUAAGUGAAGUGUUUUUUGGAAAAUUGAAAAACAGAAGGCACCCAGAACGUACAGCCCGAGGAUGGAAGACAAAGAAAAUCAAAAUACAAGGACGAAAGAUGACGAGGAGCUCGGCAACGAGGGGGUCGAGACGUUGGAGGAGGCCAGGAAGAUGAUCAGGGAGCUGAGGGAGAGGCACAGGCACCAAUCUCUGCAACUGCUCGCUUGGAGGAGGCGGUACAAAGCACAAGAGGACCAUAUAGCAAGGGUGAACCUGGAAAGAAACGAGCAGUUGAGAAAGCUCUCGAUGCAGCUGAUGCUUUUUGAGUCGAGGCUUUGCAGAAAGCAGAGGGACAUCGGCGUCCUUUUGUCGCAGAGAGAAGGCAUCAUAACAAGGCAGCAGAAGGCCAUAAAGCAGCUGCAAAGCCGUCUUGCGGACGCAGGCGUCGAGCUGAACGAGGAGACCAACCUCGAUUCCCUCAACGACAGCGACAGCGCCGUCAUAAUGGAAGACGACGACCUCGCCAUGCCGUGUCCGAACGGAGUCAGGAUCAUCAGAAGCGUCUCGGACGCGCUCGAAACCACAAACAGCAACAAAUAUUCCAUGCUUAGAAGAAGCAAUUGCCUACUCCGCAGGCCCGAGAUUCUCGAGACGGUGUACAGCGUUGAGGAGGACGGCGACGGCGACGCCCCGGCACCACAGCAGCAACCCGACCCUCCUCCACCUCCCGAAAAGAGGACGCCCAAACUGAAAGACCUAUCCGGCAGCUUCGAAAGACUGGACCACGGCCCUCCUCCCCAUCUCACCACCUAUAACAGAGUCAUGAGCAAUCAUCGAUCCGUGACGAAACCCAAAGAUGUCAAAUACAAAAGAAUCAACAAAGCUAAAUCGAAAUCCCUUGAAGAGCUGAGGGGUCGCCUUAAAAACUGGGUCGACAAAGGCAGUAAAAUCGCCGUCUCACUCGAUCAAUCCUUAGCUUAGUCGACUUUUCACUCAUACCGUUUCUUCAAACAGGGAUCAAAAACAUACUUCACGUUUCAUUGAACAUCUCUUUUUAAAAAGUAUUAACAAAGGGUGUAGAAAAUAUAUAUUUUUUCGACUA